CACCUCGAAGCGCAUGAGCAUUCAACCCAUGCUUCGACAAUAGCAACAUCCGCCUGGUCGGCAAUCAACCAUGGCUGCUCCGGCAGUCAAACGUCUCUCGAGCAAUACCCUAUGCUCAAAUUGUCUUGCUCGGAACCUUCGCACUUCCUGGACAGCGGGCAACCUCACCAGAUGGUCCUCCGGAAGAAGAAGAUUUCACGUCGUGCCAGUCACUGAGACUAGAGGAUCUCGACAUACGACAGCGAGCUCCCAAAGCUUUGUCCGUGACUAUUUUUCGGCCAACAACUCUCUCGAGCGAGGAUGGGUCAAAAGUGGACUUCUAGCUUCGAUGCGCACAGCCGCAGAGCCACGAGAGGGCAAAGGCAACCUCACACGUCAAGAGAAGAUAACUCGCGCCGAGGAGGACUACGAAGAACUCUCGUCAGAACAUAAAAGGGCGACGAAUGCCAUCCAAGAACCGAACCCAGCAGUUCGAGGUCAAGAACCUGUUCAAACAGUUUCCGAGGUCCAGUCGGACGAGCAGAUAUUACCACAUCGAAGGAGAAAGAGACAGAAAGCCAAUGAAAGUCCCCUGCCGGGGCAGGACUCAUUGCCUUUGGAUGCCUCAUCGCAAUUGACGACAGCCGCUGCUGCUAUGCCAGCAUCCGCCGCCUUUCGACGCAAGAUGGCGACGUUGCUCUCUCUUUCAAAACCGCGGUUGUCCUUCCUCAUCCUUCUCUCGACAACCUCAGCGUACUCUUUAUAUCCCUUACCUGAACUGUUGUCUUCCACAGCGUCAUUUGUGGAGACUUCAUUUUCGACGUCGACACUUACACUCCUCUUCUUGACGACAGGUACUUUUCUAUCCUGUGCCUGCGCAAAUACUCUGAACAUGCUUUUCGAACCCAAGUAUGAUGCUCUCAUGACAAGGACUCGAAACCGACCUCUGGUCAGAAAACUCAUCUCAACUCGAGCUGCAACUUUAUUUGCGCUGUUAUGUGGCGCUUCGGGACUUCUCCUGCUGGGAUUUGGCACCAAUCCUACCGUAGCAGGGUUAUCCGCACUGAACAUCUUCCUCUACGCUGGCGUGUAUACUCCCAUGAAGCGAAUUUCGGUUGCCAAUACGUGGGUUGGAGCUAUAGUUGGAGGCAUUCCGCCUUUGAUGGGCUGGUGUGCUGCGGCAGGCGAGGCGGCGACUUCCGAGCACCAUUCAUGGAAGGAUAUGUUGCUCACUGAAGAUUCUAUUGGAGGUUGGGCACUUGCUGCGCUGUUGUUCGCCUGGCAAUUUCCCCAUUUCAUGUCUCUGUCUCACACCAUCCGAGAUGAUUACAAGAACGCUGGGCAUCAAAUGCUUGCCUGGACAAAUCCUGCCCGCAAUGCAAGAGUGGCCCUACGAUAUUCGAUCGCAAUGUUUCCGAUAUGUGGAGUACUCUACUGGGGUGGGUACGUUGACUCGAGUUUUCUGGCCAUCAGUACCGUGUGUAAUGCCUGGAUGACAAGAGAAGCCAUUCGUUUCUGGAGGAAACAGGGUGCUGGUGGAAGUGCCAGAGGUCUUUUCUGGGCGAGCGUGUGGCAACUUCCUCUAGUCCUUGUCGGAGCUUUGGUGUGUAAAAAAGGGCUCUGGGAUGGUUUCUUUGGAAGCAAUGAUGCUGCAAGCAUAUACGACGAGCCUGAACUCGAAGGUGACGGGGAUUCUCUGGGAAUGACUUCAGCAAAAUCAGCAAAGACAUCAGAUCUUAUCGACGAGGUUAAUCCGGCUAUGCUGGGCUUCAAGAGACCCACGUGAGCGUGAUCCGUCCUUGGAUCUCGCAUCAAGGUGUCCGAAGAGCAUGGAGGUUCAUCAUCUGCAUCCUACCAAAUCGAGGCCCUCCUAUCGUCGACGGCACAAGCGUGAAUUUAUAUUUUGGAUAGAAUCAAUGUGAGACAACAUUGGCGCUACGCAGGACACGACUUUGGAAUCAUGGUCCAUUCUAGCCACGCAUGGAUCAUGUAACCGUCCUUUGGAUUAGGCCACCACUACGAGUGAAGAGACGGACGACACCUAAUUCGGUGGGAAGAAAGAGACUACAUUGAAGCCAUCCUCGGCAGUUUCCUAUCGCCGUAUGCAAUAAGAUGAGUUGUCUUCGGGAAGGGUCUGAGAAGACACGUGCGAGGAUUCAGUUUAUCCACUCAAAGUAUGAAGGUUUCACCGUUGAAAGAUGUAUAUCAUGUAAUCGAUCCUCAUUCCAAAAGGUUGCACAGUAAAUGGAGACACAAGUGAAGGGUAUGUCAAGCUCAUGUAAAAGCAAUACUCCUUAGGUGGUGAAUGUAGGCGGCGAGUGAGAGAGGAAAGUCUAGCGAAAGCCGGGGUUCGGUAGUGCCACUUUACG